AUGGAUCAAUCUGAAUUCACUGAUAGAGCAAUUAAGAUCAUUACUGAUGCGGUUCAGAUCGCAUCCGACCAUGGUCAUGCUUUUGUAUCACCAGUUCAUUUCCUGGCGGCCAUGACUCCUGACGACCAAGAUGGUACUCCUUCAUAUCUUCGUACAGUCACAGAAAAGGCGCGGUAUGAUUGGAAGCCUUUAGAGAGAAUCAUUAAUAAACAUUUAGUUCGCAUUCCCAGUCAGUCGCCGGCUCCACCAAAGCCAGAAUUGACCUCACAAUCCGCCAACAUCAUUCAGAGCGCUGCCAAUAUCAGGGCCAAGCAAAAAGACACAUUCACAGCACAGGACCAUAUUCUACUAGCGCUCCUGGAUGAUACUUCUAUUCAAGCCAUCUUUAAAGAGGUUUCCAUCGACAUCAAAGCAUUACAAUCACAGGUUCAGGCUAUUCGUGGCAACCGACGGAUAGAUUCUCGUAUGGCCGAUUCUUCAGAGCAAUUCGAGUUUCUGUCAAAAUAUGCACUCGACUUGACUACAAUGGCUCGCGAAGGUAAAAUUGACCCGGUUAUUGGUCGUGAGGAGGAGAUUCGACGAUGUAUUCGAGUCCUGGCCCGUCGAACCAAGUCCAACCCCUGUCUUAUUGGUGAUCCUGGUGUUGGUAAGACCAGUAUUGUUGAGGGCGUCGCUCAAAGAAUCAUUGAUGGCGAUGUUCCUAAUGUUCUUGCCAAUACUCGAUUAUUUUCGCUUGAUUUGGGCGCUCUUAAGGCAGGUGCCAAGUACCAGGGUGACUUUGAAGAACGAGUCAAAGGAGUUCUUACUGAGAUUGAAGAGUCAAAAGACAUGAUUGUACUGUUUAUUGACGAAAUCCACAUGUUAAUGGGCGACGGUAAGUCUGACGCUGCUAAUUUACUCAAGCCCAUGCUGGCUCGUGGCGCUUUGCAUUGUAUUGGUGCUACGACUGUUGAGGAGUACCGCAAGUAUAUUGAGAAAGAUGGUGCUUUUGAACGACGAUUCCAGAAAAUCGAUGUUCCCGAACCUACUAUUCCUGAGACAAUUGCUAUUUUAAGAGGUCUUCAAGGCAAGUACGAACUUCACCAUGGAGUUCGUAUUCUUGAUAGUGCACUUGUCACGGCUGCUCAAUUGGCAUCUAGAUACUUAACAUACCGCAAACUGCCCGACUCUGCAGUCGAUUUGAUUGAUGAGACCGCUGCCAGUGUUGCUGUUGCAAGAGAUUCCAAGCCUGAAGAACUCGACACUCUUGAGAGGCAGCUUCAGCUUCUACAAGUAGAAAUCAAGGCUUUGGAGCGUGACUCUGGUACUGAUGCUACUACUGGAGACCGUCUGUCUGCCGCUCGUCAAAAGGCAGCCAGUCUUGAAGAGCAGCUUGCUCCUCUUAGAGAACGAUUCCAGGAGGAACGUAAGGGUCAUGAGGAGUUGUCUUCACUCAAGAAGAAACUCGAUGAGCUGGAGACAAAAGCUCAAGAUGCCGAACGUCGAAGAGAUACUGGAGCCUCUGCCGAUUUGAGAUACUUUGCUAUUCCCGAUAUCAAGCGAAGAAUCGACGAGAUCGAAAGGACUAUUGAUGAUAAAUCUGAUUCUACUUUAUUGGAGGAUAUAGUCGACUCGGACAAGGUGGCGGAGACAGCAGCUCGUCUUUCGGGCAUUCCAGUAUCUAAACUGACCCAAGCUGAGAACUCCAAGCUCAUUAAUAUGGAAAAGACACUGUCUAAACAAGUGGUGGGUCAGACCGAGGCAGUCAAGGCAGUUUCUAAUGCCAUUCGUCUGUCACGAUCCGGUCUUAGCAACCCUAAUGCCCCUGCUAGUUUCCUGUUCAUGGGUCUUAGUGGUUCUGGUAAGACCGAAUUGGCUAAGAAAGUGGCUGGUUUCCUCUUUGCCGAUGAGAAGGCCAUGAUUCGUAUCGACUGUUCCGAGCUUGCCGACAAAUGGUCCGCAAGUAAGCUUCUUGGUGCUGCUCCUGGUUAUGUUGGAUAUGAAGAAGGAGGCAUUCUCACUGAAGCACUUGCUCGUAAGCCCUAUUCAGUUGUUCUUUUUGACGAACUGGAAAAGGCUGCUCCUGAGGUGCUCACUAUUCUCCUUCAAAUUCUCGACGAUGGUAGAGUACGAAGCAGUUCUGGCAAGGUCGUCAAUGCUGCCAACUGUAUUAUCAUCAUGACAUCCAACCUUGGAGCAGAAUCUAUCAACCGCAGCAGCUCGUCCAAGAUCGACCCUAUCACCCGAGACCAAGUCAUGGAAGCAGUUCGUGCUCAUUUCAGGCCCGAGUUCCUCAACAGAAUCUCGUCCAUGAUCAUCUUCAACCGACUAUCCAAGAAAGCCAUUCGCAAGAUUGUGGAGCUCCGAAUCAGUGAGAUCGAGAAACGGUUUGUUUCCAGCAACAAGAACAUCCACCUCGAUCUUGACGAUGCCUGCUACGACUACCUUGUCGAGAAUGGUUACUCCAAAGAUCUUGGAGCUCGUCCUCUCAACCGUCUCAUCCAAAACGAGAUCCUCAACAAACUGGCACUCCUCAUGCUUAGAGGACAAGUCCAGGACAAUGAGACCGUCAAAAUCACCCUUGGCGACCGCGGCCUGGAACUCAUCCCCAACCACGAGCCUGCCACCACCGACGAGGAGUACAUGGAAGUCGACUCCGACUCCGACAUGGACGACAUCCCUGCUCUCGACUAA